AUGCCCAUGUAUGUGAUGUCAUGCUUUCGUCUGCCUAAAGGGAUUACAAAUAAACUCUCUAGCGCAGUCUCAAAUUUCUGGUGGAGUAAUAAUGGACAGACACGGGGAAUGCAUUGGCUAGCAUGGAAAAAACUUUGUCGGCACAAAAACGAUGGCGGCCUGGGAUUCCGUGUUAUUGAGGAUUUUAACACGGCUUUACUUGCAAAACAGUUGUGGAGGCUCAUUAACUUCCCCGACUCGUUAUUCGCACGGGUUUUCAAAGGACGUUAUUAUCGGAACGCAACUCCUAUGGACCCUAUUCGAUCUUACUCUCCCUCCUAUGGAUGGCAGAGUAUAGUUUCAGCUCGACCUCUGGUUAAAAUAGGACUUAUCAAAAGGGUUGGUUCAGGAACAUCUAUCUCUGUUUGGGAUGAUCCCUGGAUUCCAGCUUCUACCCCGAGGCCAGCCACAGGAGAUGGGAUCAAUUACUACCCUCACCUCCGGGUGAGCGAGUUGAUUAAUCCCAGUACAACAACGUGGAAUUUACCACUAUUGAAUCAAUUGUUUGACAGUAUGGAUGUAUCACUAAUUCUCGGGAUCCCAACCUCACAUGUCGCUCGACCAGACUCCAUGGGAUGGUUUUUUACGAAGACGGGAAGAUAUACGGUGAAAUCGGGUUACAGGAUUCUGCAACAAAGCUUGGACGCUGAUGGGCCCAUCUUUAUUGGUCCGGACACACGGCGUCUUCAAGCACAGGUUUGGAAGGUACAAUGUACUCAGAAAUUACAGCAUUUUAUUUGGCAAGCUUUGACGGGAUGCAUAGCGGUAGGGGCGCGACUCCAGAGUCGCGGUAUGCAGAUAGACCCACAAUGUAUGCGGUGUGGAAUGGCGGCAGAAACAGUGAACCACACACUGUUUGAAUGCCCACCGGCACUGCAAGUUUGGGCUCUAUCUCCAAUUCCAACGGCUCCACAGCGUUUCCCUACAGGAAGUUUGUUUGCAAACAUGGCAUAUCUUUUUUGGAAUUUGCCAGACGAUGAUAGAAUGCGGAUGUAUCCUUGGUUAAUUUGGUAUAUCUGGAAAUCACGAAAUGAUAAGGUUAUGGCGAAUGUGGACUGGGACCCAAAUGAAAUAAUAAUCAAAGCAACAGCGGAAUCUUCGGCAUGGGUAACCGCCCAGGAAAAAAUGUAA